CUGAAAUGGAAACUACCCAGGCUAGCUUCCCAUCUGGAUUUCUGACCGGAGCUAUUACUGCUAUUGGCGUUAAGAUGGCUAUUUAUCCUAAUGAAAGAGUCAAGUUGCUAUAUGUUUUAAGUCACCUGAAGGAGUCAAUGUAUGGUGGCAAAGCAUUCAAAGGAAGAAUGGACUGUUUGACACAAACUGUUAAGUUUAAAGGGCUUUUUGGCUUGUGGCAAGAAAGUGCUAAUAUAGUGCUGCUGUAUUCUGCCCAUCAUGCUUUUAAUUUUGGGUUUAAAGAACAGUUUGGUAAAUGGUUUAGUAAUCGCGAUUCAAGUUCUAUGAUGAAGCUUCUGACUGUGAAUAUGAUUUCGGGAAGUAUGGCUGGACUUGCAACAUUAUGAAUUGAGCACCCUGUGAUGCUUGCAAGAUUAGCUCACAGUAGACAGUUCGGAGUAAGAAAGCCAAUCCAAUUAAGGAAUCUAAAAAAUUACAUAAUUCAGAGAUUCAUUGAUAAAAGGCCCUUAAAGCUUUAUAAAGGAAUAUGGACUUAUGUUCCCCAUAUUUUUGUGUAUAGAGGAGCAUAUUUUGGCUUAUAUGAUGCUGGCUUUGCUUAUUUCUAUGGAUCUCAGAAAAAUACAAAUUUCAUAAAAUUAUGGUUGUUAGCUUUACUAACAACAAGUAUUGCAACCUUAAUCUCCCACCCUUUAGCCUCUGUAAGAAGUUUGCUCCUAAUGGAACUCAAAUAUCCAGACAAGAAAUACAAAGGAACUAUCGACUGAAUCAUCAAUCUUUUCAAAAAAGGGCACCAGAGGGCCCUAAUCAUUGGCUGGCAGCCAGCUCUCUUCUCGUGUACAAGCAGUGCACUUCUCCUAGCCUGUUACUCCAAACUACCCCUCUUAACCCCCUAAAACCUCAUUCAAGC